GCAGCGGUGUAAGAGGGUGAGGUGAAAGUUCGUGUGAGCCGCGGCGCUGGAAGUCCCACGACUCGAGGGAGAAACAUGGACAAAGACCAGGAUUUCGCCGUUUCCGCAGAAGACAGCAAGGCCGCGUACGUGCUCAGCAAUGUCGCCGAAGUAGUCGAACGAAUCCAGACGUUCUUACCGACCAAGUCGCUCCUCCGGAUCGCAAGUGUGUGCCGCCUGUGGAGGAACUGCGCCCGCAGAGUGCUGCGGACCCAGCAGCAGCUGGACUGGGUGUCCGCCUGUGGGCCGUCCCGCUCCGAGGUCCAUGGCCUCUGCAGCAUCCUGGCGGAGGAGGUGGAGAAAGUGUUCCUCCUGCCUAAAACCGUCAUGGCGAUGGUAAACUGUAAGGCGUUCCCUGGUCAAGCUUAUUGCUACAGACAGAGCAAAGCAAAAAGGAGUCGCCACAGUCCAGACACAAUUGAGGAACUGAACCUGCUCUUCCCCAAAGGCUGUGACAUCAUGGUUGUUGCAACACCAGGCAUAGUCUUGACUCCCAGUGGCUCCUGCUCCACCCCUCCUCAGGAGCACCAGGAAGGGGAGGCAGGCUUUGCAGUCAUGUUCCCUGGAAUGGAGGGUGUCAACAUCAAGCCCUUUCAUUUUUGCAAGAAGUCCAUCUCCCCGAGUGCACUGAAAGAAGCGGGACUCAUCGACAACCCAGAGCUGCGUGUGGUACUGUUGUUCGUCUAUGAGGCAUAUAAACCUGGAGGAGGACACUUCCUCAACGAGCUGCUGGAGCAGCUGGCCAAGGGCAAGGCUCUCGUCGUUGGAGGGCUGGUAGAGAGUGUCCUCUCUCCUUCCAGACACUGCUGUAGCCAGGGUGCGUACGGUGUGGUGGGCCUGGCCCUCAGUGGUCCUAAGGUGCAGGGAGCAUCUGUGCUCUUGGACCAAGACGUCAACAGUCCAAAGGAGGCCGAAGCCACACUCCGGCGGUUAAAGGCAGCCAAAAUUCCCGAAAGAAACACCUUGGGGUUCAUGUUUGCCUGCGUGGGGAGAGGCCAGAACUACUACAACAACCAGACCAACGUGGAGGCUGACGCCUUUCACAAGGUGUUCCCCAACACCCCGCUCUUCGGCCUGUUUGGCAACGGUGAGAUCGGCUGCGACCGAAUCAUCAAAGACGACUGCACGCUGUGCGACACUGGCACGAACAGUCUGCAGCACGAGUACACCACAGUCAUGACCCUGGUCCAUCUAGGCUGACCGAUCGAACAUGCAGAAACAAUUGGCAAAACAGGAAAAAAAAGAUGACACGCCACGCUCCUGUUUGGAGAAACGAAAAACAUUCUGUACAAAAUUACGAUCAGAAUAUCUCUGACACCAUUUCUGCUCAUAAAGCAGGAAGUCAACCCUUCCCUUGGAGACUGUGUGUGAACACAGCUUUAUAUUCAAACUAGUGAGUCUUACAAAUAGGACCCUAAAAAGACAAAGUGAUCAUCUCUGUUAACGUUGAGCUGUGAUGUAGCACUCUUGUAUAUCUUUUUUUCAAAUUUCGCACACAAUGAUGGCAUAUCUUUCUCACCCCUUGAACCUCAAGGUUUGUUUGCUUUGCAAGUGAGUGAAUUAUACACACUUGAGUAUUCCAAGCUAUUGUUAUAGAUGUUGAUUCAGCAAAGGCACUUUUUUUUAUUCAUGUGAGUAUGAAGAGUGGUUCUUCUUUCACAUAAUCAAGGUAAUCUUGAUUUGAAUGCUCUUCCUCCUCCUUAAGGUUUUACACUUAAGGUUUUUACACUUGUCCUACCAAUGGCAAAUUGAAACCGCAUUGGCCUACAAUUUAAUACUCUUACGCAAGAUAUUUAUCUCCCGUGUUUCAAUUGGGCACAGGGAAUUUAGUCAGAAUCUUACUUUGCCUCUUCGUAGUCCAAAUGUCAGGUCAUAUGUCCCAAUAUCUACUUCCUGUUAGCAGUGUGUCACCUCUCGCCCCUUUUCCACUCACACAGUGACGGUGCCUAACGUAGAACUGGUUCUAACCCCCCCCAAAAAAUCUGGUGCCAGUGCGAAAUAGCUGCACAAAAUUGCUCGCAGGCUCCUGUCAGUACCUGUGGGAGGAGCUAUGGCCAGAAAUUGUCCAAGAAAAGAGACGAUUUCAGAAUGCAUAAUGUUAUUACUUUACUUAAGUAAAUUUACUUAAUAGCAACCAAACCAAUCUAAUUCUGUCUGCCCAACUUCCACUGUGUAAUGUUCUCCUUUUCUUUGAGAUUUAUUGGCGAGUGGGAAACAACGGAUUGGUGCAUUACUGCCACCAACUGGUAUGAAAUGUGGACUUCAGAUAUCAAAAUGCAGAAUGAGCCUGGAUGAGUUGUGGAUGUGCUCAGUCUCCCCAGCUUCUGCACGGCACAGAAAAAAAACAACUGGGAAGAAUGGCUGCCCUGUUUUCUGUGCAAAGUGGCACUGACUUACAGAAACUCUGCUUCACCUCGAACUGGUCUCGGCUCUUCCACAAUUCCUGUUUUGAGAUUUAAAGUAUGUGGUAUUCUUUGCUAAAGUCCUAAAUAAUGAAGGUUCUGUAUUUGAUUUGAUAAUAAAGGGUGAGGCUACCUAGUUGCACAAAAAAAAAGCUGUAAAAAUGUUACAGAUGCCUUUAUACUUUAGAAUACUUGUCCCAGUUAAAUCUGCACAUUUCAUAUCUAGAGUUCCUGAUGACCCGGUCAGCUAUUGAUGUCUUCUUCAGUAAGAAGUAAAUCCUGGUGACAAUAUGGUGCAAUUUCCAGUUUGUAUAUGCUUUUUUUGUUAGGGAUUUGCUAGUUAAUAUUGGAAAAAAAUGUUUAAAAAAAAUUGUUUCUGUAAAUGCAAUGCUUUCAACAUUAAUUGUUGCAAGAGCGAAUGUCAAGAAAGUCCAACAAUUUUAAUCAGGAGACAACAACCGAGAGUAUCUUCCUUCUUUGUAUUGUAAUGUACACGUCGGCGACUCUUAUUUUCGGAAGAGGAAAUUCAAAAUGUAUUUUAAGUUGGCAUUUGUGGCUCCCUGAACAAAGUUGUUUUGGUGUCGAUGCAGUUUUCUACAUGUGCCAAAUCAUAUCUGUUCUGCUCACUGUCCUCAAUAAAUUACAAACAUUCA